UGGACGAGGAUAAAUAGGAGGAGGCUGACGGCUCUGCCAAAGCCGCUUUUUCCCUUGCUUGACAUCUCCCACAACCGGUAUCCAGGUAGCCAUGGACUCCCAGGACUGUCCCUGCGCCGCGGGUGGCACCUGCACCUGCGGGGACAGCUGCAAAUGCAAAAACUGUAAAUGUACAUCGUGCAAAAAAGGCUGCUGCUCCUGCUGCCCGGCGGGAUGUGCCAAGUGUGCGCAGGGCUGUGUCUGCAAGGGCCCCCCCUCCGCCAAAUGCAGCUGCUGCAAAUAGGGACCCCUGCCUGCCUGCACAUCUGGGGGUGCUGCACAGCUGAGGGGCCAAAUAAGAAUAACUUUAUUGUGUAUGUUGGGGUUCUUUUUUAUAUAUAUGUUCAGAUAUCUUUAGUUUGUCACAUGCAAUGUGUAAUAAGCUACUAAAUAAAGUGUGUAUAUAAAGGUCUACAAAGAA